AAUUGGACAGUGGGACAGAACACACACACACAAUGGUUGGUAUGGCUGUGGUUGGUCAAUGGACUCUCUGUGUCGCCUCGCCGUCGCCGAGAGUAAAGUCGGCAACUUGCAAUUCAAACUCUUGUCCAACCACCGUUAACUUACGCUCUGAGCUGUCUGCAUUUCGUCCUCAGUUCCGGCUCUUCUCUCGUGUUUCUCCGACACGCCGCCGCCGUCUUUGCGCUUCCAGCUCCGCCGAUUCGGGAAUCUUCCUCCCUCACCUUGUCGCUUCUAUGGAGCAAGUUGAGGAGACUUACAUUAUGGUCAAACCAGACGGCAUCCAACGAGGCCUUGUUGGAGAAAUCAUCUCUCGUUUUGAGAAGAAGGGGUUUAAACUGAUUGGACUUAAGAUGUUCCAAUGCCCAAAAGAAUUGGCUCAGGAACAUUAUAAGGAUCUUAGUGCUAAGUCUUUCUUUCCUAGCCUGAUUGAGUACAUCACUUCUGGCCCAGUUGUGUGUAUGGCUUGGGAAGGUGUUGGUGUGGUUGCUUCAGCCAGGAAGCUGAUAGGGAAAACUGAUCCUCUUCAAGCUGAACCUGGUACCAUUAGAGGAGAUCUUGCUGUACAAACCGGAAGGAACAUCGUGCAUGGUAGUGACAGUCCUGAAAACGGAAAGCGUGAGAUUGCUCUGUGGUUCAAAGAAGGCGAGCUGUGCGGGUGGGAUUCAGCUCUAGCUAAAUGGCUAAGGGAGUGAUCCUUGAGAAGACAAAUUCAAUUCUUUUUCCUUGUUACUGAGUGCGAAUGGGCUUUGGUCCUUUGUUUUGUUUUUGUUUUUGUUUUUGUUUUGGCGGCAAUGUAAGUGCCAUUUAUGGCGGCGUGUACGUGGACUUGUUGAUCUUUCUGGCAUCUUUAAUCACACUUGUCAUGUAAUGAAAUGAGUUGAAUAGAUUCACUUUUUCUC